ACCUUGUGUUUGAGCUGCAGGACAGUGGAGGCUGAGAUCAGCGCUGUGGACAGCUGCCUGCCCUCUCACACUGGGAUUUACUCCAUAAAACCAGUUCAUCCAAAUGACUGGGACUCAAGAGGAGCCGAUGACUUACGCGAAAAUGAGAGGACUCGUGUCGUUUCUCUCAGCUCUGCUCAAGGGGAAGAAAACUGGCUUCAGCGACUUCUUACACAAACUCGUCUCCAGUCAGAAGCUCUGCCAACACCUGGACGCUCAGAAAGUCCUGCGGCGCCAAAGUAAGCUGAGGAAAGAGAAGAAGGAGGAGAAAUCAUCUCUGAGCUCAGCCAACGCUCAGACCUCACAAAUGAAACCGUCAGACUUUGACUACCUCAAAGUUAUCGGCACAGGAAGCUUUGGAAAGGUGCUGCUGGCAAAACACAGAAAACAAGGAGGUUACUACGCCGUGAAAGUGCUGAAGAAGAAGAUGAUCGUCAAGAGGAAAGAGCAGAAGCACGUGAUGGUCGAGAGAAGCGUCCUGCUGAAAGGUCUUCAGCAUCCGUUCCUGGUCGGACUCCACUUCUCUUUCCAAACACCCAGCACGCUCUACUUCGUCCUGGACUACGUCAACGGAGGGGAGCUCUUCUACCACCUGCAGAGGGAGGGUUGGUUUCCAGAAGCUCGAGCUGCUUUCUACGCUGCAGAGACGGCUGCAGCUCUGGGUUACCUGCACUCUCUGGACGUCGUCUACAGAGACCUGAAGCCGGAGAACAUCCUGCUGGACCGCGAAGGCCACGUGAUGCUGACCGACUUCGGUCUCUGUAAAGAAGGCGUAGCCGUCGGCGGCAUCAUGCACACCUUCUGCGGGACUCCGGAGUACCUGGCCCCCGAGGUUCUGCAGGGACACCCGUACAGCCCGGCGGUGGACUGGUGGAGCCUCGGCAUGGUGCUGUUCGAGAUGCUCUGUGGAAUACCUCCGUUUUACAGCCGCAGCAAAGCGGAGAUGUUCGAGAACAUCCUUCACGCUCCUCUGCAGCUGCACAGCAGGAUUUCCGAAGCCGCCGGCUCUCUGUUGGAGGGAUUGUUAGAAAGAGACGUCUCCAAACGCUUAGGGCAGAGCCGUGACGUGGCGGAGCUGCAGGAGCAUCCUUUCUUCGCCUCCACCAACUGGGACGACCUCCUGGUGAAGAAAGUCAAACCCCCGUUCAUCCCCAAACUGACUGGUCCCUGUGACGCGAGCUACAUCGACCCGGAGUUCACGAUACUUCCGGUACCAGCCUCCGUGGACGAGCGGCACCAGGUGGCCACCGGCGCCAGCGAGGCCUUUUUGGGAUUCUCCUUCAUGAACCCGUCGGAGUUCGUGGCCGCGGAUCCAGUUUCAUAACAGCUGGGAGUGUGUUUCUCUUCAAAUAUUUAUUUUUUAUGUCAUAAAUUAUUAAAUGGAAAUCUAUUUUUAAGCACUUGAGCAAAAAGAUUCUUACACUGACAGCAACGUGCUGCGUGUUACAUCGGCGAGUAAAUGAGUGUGUUUAGGUUAUCAUGAGUUUGUAAUGAUGGAAUAGGCUGGUCACUAUUUCAUAAAUCCUCUAUUUUAAUUGAGCAAUAAA